CGCAGUGCUCCGUUCGUAAGAAAAAAUAAUUUUUCACUUUUCUCUUCGUUUGGUUUUGUUUUGCUAUUUUUCUUUAUUUUGUUUUUCUUUUUUUCUGCGAAUGCAGAAUGAAGCAAACGGAAAUGAAUGCAUAUGUUUGAUUAAUUAAUUUGAAUUGAUUUAUCUAGAAGUGAGUGAAUAGAAAAAAAUGAUUUUCUACUGGUGAAACUACUUUGGUGAAUCGUUGCUUGAUAUAAAUUUAAACAAACAAAUAUAAAAAGAUAUUUAAAGUUUUAUACAUCACCCAUCUAUUGAUUGUGUCUAGUGAAAGGAUAUUUUAUAAUAAUUAUAAAACAGGAACUGCAAAACAUUCCUAUCAAAUAAAAUAUUUGUGUUGAUUUUCGAUGAGUUUUAUAAAAAAAAAGGAUAUUCUAUUGCAGUCGUUUAAACAGUUGUUGUUAAGAUAAAUCUAUGAAUUUGAUUUAACAACAUAUUUGAAUAAAUUCCGUCCAGUCUAGCAAAAAAGCUAACACAAUUUAUUUGGGCCAGUAAAAACAAAUAGAUAACAAAUCAUUAAACAAAAAAAAAGAAAAAAACAUCACCCAGUUUCGAAAAGAUGACGAAAACGGCAAAAAAAUGGACAACAAUAAAAUGUCAUCAUUAAAAUCUAAACAAAUCCCAUUUUGGAUAUAGUGUUGGCGCGCCCCCACAAUUCCUCAAACGCCAUAACCAACAGCAUCUCCUUUUUUUUCUCCCCGAUUCUCUUAUUUCCCCCAAAGAAACAUACAUAAUGAUGAAUUCAUAAAAAAAAAACGAAAAGAAAGAAAACAAACUAAGAACAAAACCAAGGAUAUACGUUUUCUAUCAGUUUAAGUUGUGGAUUUUCUUUUGUUUCGGAAACGGAAAACUGAGAAAAAAAACAAACGUUCUGAUUAUUUCAAAAUUUUAAACAGAACAAAAAAAAAAUUCCAAAGAAAAAGGAAUACAGAAAAAAAACUAAUUCACACUUUUAUGCAUAAAAGAAUUAACAAUAAGACAGCAACUAACGCUAAGAAAAAAGCAUUUAUCCAUCCGCAGAAAGAGAAAAACACAAAUCAAAAACAAAGUUAAAAAUCAUCUCGACAACAAAUAAGAAUCACGAGAAGGGCAAAGAAAGCGCGUGGACAGAACGAAAACAAAGAAAAUAAUAAAACAAUCCAACCUAAAUGACUGAAUCAACACAACUGCAAACGACAGAAAACAAUAAUACAGGGGUGGCUAAAAUGGAACCACCACCACCCAUAUCUACAUCGCCAUCACCAUCAAGUCACAACAACAACAACAAUGACCAACAACAGCAUCAGCAGAAUCACCACAGUCAGAAUCCUUUCCACAACCAACAACAACAACAGCAUUAUGCUUUGAAAUGGAACGACUUCCAGACGUCAAUGCUUUCAUCAUUUCGUCACCUGAGAGAUGAAGAGGAUUUUGUAGAUGUCACAUUGGCCUGUGAUCAGAGAUCAUUUACCGCGCAUAAAGUUGUCUUGAGUGCGUGUAGUCCGUAUUUUAGGAAAUUAUUAAAAGCCAAUCCAUGUGAGCAUCCGAUUGUUAUACUGCGUGAUAUCCGUUGUGAGGAUGUUGAAAACUUGUUAAGCUUUAUGUAUAACGGUGAAGUGAAUGUCAGUCAUGAGCAGCUUUCUGACUUUCUCAAGACCGCACAUUUGCUUCAAGUGCGUGGACUUGCCGACGUCAAUGGAUCCUCAUCAAAAUUAUCUUCAAUAACAAGUACGAAAUUAAGUCUGGGCAGCAGUAAUAUUAAUAACGUAAACAACAGCAACAACAACAAUAACAGCAAUAGUGCAACACCAUCAGCGGUUGUUGCAGCCCUAACAUCAAGUUCAAGUUCCACACCCGCAGUACAAGAACUCAAAGCCUCGCCGUCACCUGUAAGACAAAUCAAAUCAACUCACCAUUGGGAUUUGUCAGAUGACAAUCGAACGAGUCAUUUGACACCACCCCCACAAAAACGUAUAAAAAGUGCCGAUCUUUUCCGUGCCCAGCAUGGUAUCAGUCCUGAACGUCUUUUAAUUGAAAGAGAAUUUCCUGUAAAUAGCAGUGGAGGUGUUGGUAUUGGUAGCAGCAAUAGUAACAGUGGUCAACAUCCUCUAACGCGUGAACGAAACCGUGAUCGUGAUCAUAGUCGUGAAACAUCGCGCGAUCGUGAUCGCGACCGUGAUCGCAGCUUAGAAUUGAGAGAUUCCUUGCUAAGUCAGGCGCUAGAAAGUGGUCAACAAAUGGGUACAAAUCAGAAACAUCCUGAUUUAGCAUCAUUGCAUGCGCAAAGUGCUGGUGAAGAAUCUAACAGCAGCGAUACAGAACCAUCGGAUCGUGGUGAUGGUCAAAUGGACGGUACAAUGGACAGUUUGAAUGGUUCGUUGGACAAUCAGAGAUCUCAUUCGUUCCCAAGUGCGUUCUUAGGACUACAAGGUAUUCCGGGACUUUUACCUGGACCAUCAGGAAUUCAUGGUGGCAAUGAUUUUGAUAUUCAAAACAAAUACGGAUUAAUGGCAAAUGUCAAGGAGGAACUAGCUGACAAUUAUACAACCGAUGAGCAAAAUUUAAAACCACUGUCUUCGUCACCAUCAUCAGCGGAUGUACAUUCCAAUGAAAUUCCUAAAUCCGAAUGUAAUGGUGUUGACAAUGACAUUGACGAUGAACAACAUUCAAAUCGUCCUAAAUCACUUCCGCAAGCUCUUCGAUCUCCCUCACCGGAUAAUUCAUCUAAUGACUAUUCUAAUGAUUCAUCUUCGUCGGCAAUGUCGUUAACUGUUAAACACAACAACAACAAUAACAAUAAUACUCAGAGCACUGAUCCAGCACUGUUUCAUUCAUUAGUGCAACAGCAUCAUCAUCAUCAGCAGCAACAACAACAGCAUCAACAACAAAAUAACCAACGCCAACAACAACAACAUCAACAGCAUUUUAUGCAACGGCAUCACCAAGACAAUAAACGAAACAUGAAUCAACUGCAUAUGGACGAGAUGCAAUCUCAUCAGCACCAACUAACAGCAAAUCUGUUUAUGGCCAGAACCAUAGCUCUCAGCCGAUCGCGAGAUUUUCCAGAAAUUCUGCAAAAUACAACAGCAGCCGCUGCUGCAGCAGCCGCAGCUGCCGCAUCAACUACAGCAACAGCCGCUAAUAGUAAUUACCUUCUUCCUUGUCCAUUGUGUGAGACUCCUUUGGAGCAAAGAGUUUUUAGACAGCAUUUAGAUCGACAUUACCCGCGUGACAGUCCUGUCUGUCCGGUUCUUGAAUGUGGGCGUAGAUUUGCUCAUCCGAAUUCUGUGCGCAAUCACAUGAGAAUAAAGCACACUUUGCAGUGGGCCAAAAUGAAAGCAAUGCGCUCGUCCGGUGGUCCGUUCUCGGGAAUACCAGACUUUAAAUGAAAUUGUGAGUGUGGCUAGUUGACCAUUGUAGGUUUAAAAAAGAAAAGAUGCUUGGACAAUGUCAUGAAUUAUGAAACAGCUUUAAAAACUUCCAUUUAUUUUUCGUGAUUUAAAAAACAAACAUAAAGCUUACUUUUAUUACUUCUUAUAAAAACGAGAAUUUAAAGAAGAGAUAUUCGUGUAAAAUAUCAACAAAAUGUAAAAACAAUAAAGUUAAAAAAACCGUUGUGAUCCAAGGAAAAAAAAAAUUUCUUGUUAAGAGAAAUAAUUGCGAAAUGCUAAAAUUUUAGGAAACAAAUCUCCUUUGCAUAUAGAAACUAACAAAAAAAAAAGCAGACUUUUGUCUUGUCAGCACAAUUCGGACUAAAAAAAACUUUUCAAUUUGAAAAUUCAUUUAUUUUUUUUCGUGAACAGAAUUCAGUAAAAUGUCAAAUAAUUUAUUUUCUUCUAUUCGAUGUAUCGACAAAACUAAUAAACCAAACACCUUAAGAAACGUUACAGCCGUUCUUUACAAACUUAAUGCGGUGGGCUCAUCUUUAAUGGCAGCUUCCAUAUACAAUUUAUACAAAGCAAGCCAUCGAGUAAGCACAGUUGAGCAUCAAUGUUUUUUUUUCUCACAAUGAAUUCAUUUUUUUAUGUAAAAAGAAUUCACUAUGGCGUAUACGUAAUAUUUUUUUUAAUAGAAAACCAUACAUUUUUAAAUUUUCGUUAAUUGAUGAAAUUAAUCGAAUUUUUAUGAACAUUUUUUCUGUUCAAUGGUGAUCAUAAUAAGUCGUUGUAUUUCACACUAACAAAUACAAAAACUCCGGACGCAUACACACAUCGAACGCUCAAGCAUUAACUUUGAACAUCUGCAUAUUACAUUGCAAGCAUCUUUGUUUCUGUGAUUUUGCUUUAAAAAAAAUAGAUUAAUACAUGAUAGGUUCUCCAAGAGUUCUGAAAAUUCGGUUUUGGUUCGCUCUGAGCAGGCAACAAAACAUUUAGUGAACAUUUUGGAAACAGUCAAAUUUUUUUUUUUAUUUAUACAAAUCUUAAAUUCCUAUUCAGAAACAAAUUCUCUUUUAAGAUACUUACAUGCGACUUAGGUCUUGUUUCACGGUUCAUAAAGUUUUAAAGUUCGGACAUUCAAAACAUGAAAAAAAAGACAAAGGAAACAAUUUCGAAUGAACUUACUUUAAACAACAUCAGCUAUUCUGAAACAAGCCCUAAAUAUAAAAAACAGUGACUAUCGAAAUUAAACAUCCCUUCCCUUGUUUUAAUAAGCAAAUCAGAGAUUAAAAAAAAAAACUUUUUACAAAUGACAUUGUCCUCGCAUUUCAAGGUCCUGUUUAUUAUAAAUUUUUUUUCUAGAACUUCAUACAAAAAUAAUAUUUUUGCAACUAGCUUUGAUUAAAAUAAAAUAAAAAUAAAGUCCUAUGAAAAUGAAUUGUUAUGUUCCUAUUAAUAAAAAAAUAAA